AUGACUUUGGAAAGUUUUAGUGAAAAAGCUUUGAAUGAUCUGAAAACACAUCUUCGUCAAUUCUCUAUUGGCUGCCCAGAGUUAUGUCCACUUUGUAAUUCAAAAUGUACUUCUAGUGAUCCAAAUCACGAGAAGCACGAAUGUUCUUGCCAUAUUUUCCCUGCUUUUCACGGGUUUAGGGCUGUAGCAAACAAAUCACCCUCAUUAUUUUGUUGUACCAGUGAUAUAUGUAGCCAAAAACGAUUUGAAACGAAACUCCAAACCGAAUACUUGCGUAGGGAUAAGUUUUUAGCGACCUAUUAUCCUUCAUGGUCGGGUUUGAAGAAUGAAACAAUUGACCCUCUUUACGAAACUAAGCUUAAAAGAGCUUGGGUAAAGUGUAGAAAAUACUUUUGUGAUCGGUUUAAUAUGAAUGAUGAUCUUGAAGAGACUCAUCCUGAUUGGAUUGAGGCACAUGGGGACCCUGAACCCAAUUUGAAAGAAUUGUACGAAGAGUAUUUACAAAAGACUAAUCCAGAGGAGUUAGUUAAAGAGAAGAGAGAUAAACGAAAGAAAAUGGCUAAAUCUUUGAAGAUUGAAUUAAGUGAAGAAAUAGAUAGAAAUUUGGUUAAUAUGGCUAAUGUGAAAGAUCAAUUAAUUAACUCAAUUGUCAACCCUGUUGUUUAUGACUUGACUAAGUAUGGAGAA